GUGUGUGUGAGCAUUGAGAGUUUCACGUGUCUGCAAUGUUCUGUUGUGUGCAUUUCCUAUUCCUUUCCUUUUACGCUGUGGUUUCAUCCAAUUCACCAUCAACAACAUGAAGCUAAAUAUUGCUGAUCCACAAACGAGCGCUCAGAAACUCAUCGAAAUCGAUGAUGAUCAUAAGCUUCGUAUUUUCUACGAUAAACGUAUGGGCCAAGAAGUUGAAGCCGAUUCAAUAGGUGAUGAAUGGAAAGGCUAUGUUUUUCGAAUUACUGGUGGAAAUGAUAAACAAGGUUUCCCAAUGAAACAAGGUGUACUCACCAAUGGUCGAGUACGAUUAUUAUUAUCGACUGGCCAUUCAUGUUAUCGACCACGUCGUACCGGCGAACGUAAACGUAAAUCUGUACGUGGUUGUAUUGUUGAUUCGAAUUUAAGUGUAUUGUCAUUGAUUAUUGUCAAAAGAGGUGCUCAAGAAAUUGAAGGUUUGACCAAUGUAACAAUACCACGUCGUCUUGGACCUAAACGUGCUAGUAAAAUUCGCAAAUUAUUCAAUCUAUCCAAAGAUGAUGAUGUUCGCCAAUAUGUUGUUCGACGUCCGUUGACACAGAAAGAAGGUAAACCGCAACGAACAAAAGCGCCGAAAAUUCAACGUUUGAUAACGCCACGAUUAUUGCAACGUAAACGAAGACGUAUGGCACUUAAACGUCGUCGUUCGGAAAAACGUAAAGAACAAGCAAAUGAAUAUGCACGAUUAUUGGCUGAACGUCAAAAAGAAGCUAAACAAGCAAAAGAUGAAGCCCGUCGUCGACGAUCAUCAGCAUCAUCUGGAGCUAAAGCUUCAGUAUCGUCAGCUUAAAAAAUUUUUUUUUCAACAUCAAAAAAAAUUAAUAAUAAAUUCUUUCAUUUAUAAAA